AUGGCGAAAAAAUUGACAAAGGGUAGGCAAAAGGUUCCUAUAGUUAAAAUGGAAACGAUGAGCCACCUGCAGGUUACCUUCUCAAAACGUCGCAAUGGCCUUUUCAAAAAGGCCAGUGAACUUUGCACACUUACAGAAGCAGAAAUUGCUUUGGUGGUGUUCUCUCCAGGACAAAAGGCUUACUCCUUUGGUCAUUUAUCUUUCGAAUCUGUCGUUGAUAAGUACCUUGGAAGAAACCCUACACCUAGCAUCCAUGGCAGCAUUGACCGCUAUGCUGUUGCCAAUUAUCAAGAAGAUAUUAGCGAGCUAAACAACAAACUCACAGCCCUUGAAAAACUCCUGGAAGCUGAGAAAAGACGUGGAGAAGUCUUUGAUCAGAUGGCAAAAGAAGCCCAACAAAAGUAUUGGUGGAGGGUUCCAAUUAAGGAGCUGAAUUUAGAGGAACUUCAAAAGUUGGAGAAGGCAUUGCAAGGCCUCAAGAAGAAGAUUGAGAAUGAAUUGCAUAAGAGCCCGAUUGAGGCAAUAAAUAUACCUCAAUACUUGAUUGGACAGAGUAAUUCUGGAAGAAACAUAGGCCUUUCUAAUGGUGUGGGUGUCCCGUAUGGUAAUAGGGCAUCUGACCCUAAUGGAUUUUCCCUAUUUGGUGCUAUAGCAAGAGAUAAUGUUGGAACAACUAGUUCAAAUGCUAUGGCACCUGUAAUUGGUGAUUCCAACAUGUCUCAUGGAAACAAUUCUAACCAUUUUUACAAGUUUCUAUAG